GCUCUUUGCACAGUUACCAGACUGGCAUUUCGAUUUGCUUCCAAAAGUCUUCGUCAUCUCCCAAUAAAUGAUGACAUAUUCGUCGUGGCGUCUUCGCUAUGUUCGUUGGGGAGCACCAUGAUCAUCUCCACGGCUGUAGACUCGGGCCUCGGGAAGCGAUCCUAUCUUCUUGACUCAAAUGCCGUGGAGCGAGUUCAGUUGAAGCUUUUUGUUUCUACAGUCUUAUUUGUGUUGGCUAUCAGCCUUUCAAAGUGUCCAGUUAUUUUGUUCCUGUAUCGACUAGCAGACAACACUUUGCAGAGAUUGAAUAUCGCAAUCGUAGGUAUACUAGUUUUGAUAUGGACAACCGCAGUCAUGGCGGGUGUUGUAUUCCAAUGUGCAAUGCCCAGGCCUUGGGAGAUGUGGACGGGGCAAUGCAUCCCCCUGGUCUCAUUCUGGAUAGCUGCCAUCGCGGUCGAUAUACUCAUCGAUACAGCCCUGAUCCUCUUCCCAGCCCAUAUAAUAUGGACCAUGCAACUUCAGUACCACCAAAAGACACCUGCGACUUCCGUUUUCUCACUUCGGGUCUUGCUUGUGGUUCUUUCAAUCAUACGCAUUAUCUACCUCCAAUGCUUUUUAUCCGCCUCAGCAGACCCAACAUACGCCAGUAUCCCAUACAUCAUAACCACGCAAUUCCAAUCCACCAUAUCCGUCAUGCUAUCCUGCACCCUUGCCCUGAAGCCCCUCGCAGCCGUCCUCCAACCAUCCACCCCACGUACGUCGAUAUCCACAAAGCACUGGUCUGGCAGCACCGUCGGCGGCGCACCGUACACCUUGUCCACAAUUGCUCUCGAAGUCAUCAAAGAGCCCCUCCCCUUGAUUCAAGCGUCCAUGUCUACGCCCUCUUUACCUCCCUUGUCUCCCGACCGUCCUGCUAGAGACGUUUCCCCCUUGACGAGGUAUGCGAAGGCGCCACCUAGACCGCCUCCACCGAGUGAAGACCAGCGUCCGGACCUAAGUAUGUUUACGCAGAAGGGUACAGUCAGAGAGCCGCCGAUGGUAACGAGACUUGGAGGUGCAAGACACAGCAAUAGAAUUGUGUAG